ACGAUCGACAAACCGCGUUACCUCGAAGUAGUUGACGUUAAAGUUAACCAAGAGUGAUAUGGCAGGCGUCGAGGUUAUGAUUUAUUUUAUUAUGAAUUUCUAUAGAUCGUAGGGGGAAAAAAUUCUGAGGACGCAGGUAUGGGUGGUAACGCACUUGACCAGGAUGAAGAGGUUGACCAGGACGUUAGAGAAAUCAUUGACAGUUUGAAAUCGAAAGGCCUCUUCGAUCAGUUUAGGAAGGAGUUUGUGGCUGAUGUAGAUACAAAGCCUUCUUACCAGAAUCUGAAGCAAAGAGUGGAAGGUUAUGUAAACAGGUUCUUAUCACGACAAACAUGGAGCCCCGAUCUAAACAAGAACCAACUCAGAGACAACCUCAGAAGACAGAUAAAUCAAUCUGGUAUGUUGACAAAUGGUGUUGAAAGAGUGAUUGAACAGCUGGUCAAUCCAAAGAUUCUGCACAUUAUCAAGCCAAAAAUUGAUGAAGUCAUUUGUAAACACUUGGGAAUUGAUCCAGAGAAGAGGAAAGAACAUGUCGAGCAGAGUAAACAGCAACACAAGGAAAAGAUGCAAAACAUGCAGAGUUUGAUGAACGUGAAUCUCACGCCUCCAGAUAACAGUAAUCAAGGUGGAGCAACACCUGGAACGCCAAGGACAGAUUUUCCUCCAGGAUUCCAAGGGGAGGGCUGGUCACAACAAUCACCUGCUCCAGGUCAAACAGGGUCAAACUUUUCCCCAGGCGGAAUGAAUUUCCCAAUGGCAACACCAUUUUCACAGCAGUUUGGAUUCAGCAUGCCACCUCAAAUGUUUCCUUAUAUGCAAAACUCGUGGAACAACUACGUUUUUAAUCAGGUGGGGCCUAAUCAAACUUUUACUUCACCCACCACUAUGCAAAGUGGGCAAGAAACAUCAUCACCUGCACAAAAUGCAACUCCGACCCUAACAAGUACAGAGAGUCCCCCCAAACCAGAUUUACCUCCCUUGCCACCAUCACCUAGAACACCCCCUCCACCAGGGACUGAAGGGGAGGAUAUUCAGAUAUUUCCUCUCAAUCGCAAACCAGAGGAGAAGAAGAUACUGGAGGAAAUUCCUCUUCCUCCACCUACAAAAAAGAGUGGGGAUGAUGAUCAGGAAGUUAGUGAGGACACAGCGGAAAUCCCGAGUUUAGAUGAAAUUCCCUUGCCCCCAGUGUGUGGUGACGCAGAUGAUUCAUUGCUAGAUCAAGGAAUGAAAAAAUACAAAUUUGCAUGGCAUGAGAACCAGGAAGAUGCUAAGUCUGAUGUGACGGUCAGUUCAGUUCACACCAGUGACCUGUCCAUCUCAGAAGACUUCACAUCAGAGAGUGAACUGGAGUACAGCGACCUGACAGACCAUGGAGAUGAUGUGGAGGAGGAAGUCGCAAGUCCUGAUAAGCUGGGGGAGAACAAACAAGAAGGGGAAGUUACUGAGGAAAAGAGGGAAAGAAAGGGAGAAAGAGUGGAGAGAAUUGAGGACCUAAUGGAAGAGGGCAAAGCUGUAGAAGCAGUUGAGACUAUGCUGGACAAGAUGGAAGAAUCAAUUGCACACCCUGAUGUCCAUAUGGAAGUCCAUUCUGAUGUGGUGUGUGAAGAGGUCCCAAAGGCAGGACAGAAUCUUCCGAGCUCAGAACAGAGCUCGCCACCGAAGAGAAAGCUUAUCUCUCUACAGUACAACUUAAGUGACAGUGAAGAUGAAGAAAGCAGGGAAGCGAGGAAGGCUAGAGUUGCAAAAGAAAAAGAGGAAAGGUAUAUGAAGAGAUUGCAGAAAAGAGCAGAACUGGAGGCCAAGAGAAAGGAGAGAGAGGAAGAGAAAGCAAGAUUGAGAGAAGAAAGGAAGAAAGUAAAGAGCAAGGAUAUGUCUUCACCUACCAAGAAAGAGGAUAAAGGAGACUCGGUGUCUAUGGAGUCAGACAAUAACCUUGAUGAAGCAACAAACCAAUAUAAAAUACAGUCACCUGUGAAGAAACUGCCAGACUCCCCAGAAAAAAAGAAAAGGAAGACCAAGGCAGAGCUUAAGGAGGAACUGACAAAACAGAAAGUAAUGGAGAAGAAAGCGGCCUUACAUCGACAAAGAACAAGAAAUAAAAGGUACACAUCUGAGGAAUUUACAUCAAUCUUUAAUGAGAAGAGUCAGCCUUAUAGCAGUGCAAAUUAUUCUGAGGUUGUAAUGGAGGAACAAGUAGUGGAGGAGGUUGUUACCGUGGAGUCGGAAAUUAUCAUGGACGUCUCCAGCACAGAAGAGGAAAUGCCCCCGCUGCAUGUAGAGGAAGUACACCCACCCACAUCCUCACAGAAUUUGCGGAGCCUUACACCAGAAGUUGCAGAGAUUAGGUCAGAAUCAGGCCAUGCAGAUACAAAGAAAAGGUCACAGGUCAAGGACAGUUACAGGCAUGGAACCAGUCAAAGAUAUAGUAAAUCGGAGGAAAACAGACAGGAUUCCAGAAGAAAACGACGAGACAGUGAAUCAAGGCCAGCUGGGCCCCCUAAAGCAUCAGUUAAACAUGCAGACUCCAUGUUUAGACGACCAAGAUCUGAGGAUGAAAAAGGUCUAAGUACCAAGCGAUACAAUCCAUCUGAUUUGUACAAGCCACGCCGAAAUAUUGCUCGAAACAGAAGGCGGGGGUCUUCUCCAUCUCAACAAACAGCUGAGGAAAAUGCUGAUAAAAUAACUUCUGCUGGUGAAGGCAAAACCUCUAAAGAGGAAAAAUCAGCUGAAGCUGAAGAACCACCUGAAGUUAUUGAAAUUGAAUCAAGGUCCCCAUCACCUGUGAGUUCAAGGUCUAGAUCACUGUCCAGUUCACGAUCAAGAUCUCGCUCAGGUUCUCAUUCAGGACUUGGAGCUCAUUCUCGACUCAAAUCUCAUCGAAAGAAACGAAGGAAAAGGAGAUCAAGGUCAGUGUCAAGGUCAUAUUCUGAAUCCAGAUCAAGAUCACCUUCCAAAUCGAGAUCCAGAUCCUAUUCAAGAACCAGAGAUGGAGCAAGUCCGAUUUCAUCCUCAUCCUUAUCUCUAUCAAGAUCACCAUCACCAUCCAGGCACAGUAGUAGAUCGUCAUACUCCCGAUCCAGAAGCAAAUCCAGGUCAAGGUCAGUCUCACGAUCAUCAGAGUCUUCUGUUGAUGAGUUUGGAAGGCGUAAAAGGAAAGCAGGAAGGACACCACUGGAAGAAAUUGAUUUUGGUGAGGCAGCCCGCAUGGCAAAGAAGAGUUUGGUAGGAGUGGACUUCGGCGAGGCAGAGAGGAGAAGCAAACAAGAAAGAGGGGAACCUAUUGCCAAUGUACCAAAAGCUACUGAAUAUCCCCCCUUCAAGAUAGGGGAACCCAUUGCCAAUACUUCAAGAGCUCCUGAAUAUCCCCCCUUCAAGAUAGGGGAACCCAUUGCCAAUACUUCAAGAGCUCCUGAAUAUCCCCCCUUCAAGAUGACUGCCAUGCAGUUUGGUGCCCCUCCACCACCUGGUGCCAUGUCUCCUGUGGAUCCUGCAUUCAAAAAGCGAAUGGGAAAAAAGCGAGGCUAUCCUCCAACUAGAGGUGUCCCAAGGAGCAAUGCUCUACGUGGUAACUGGUUCCAUCAACCAUGGCAGUAUGAAGAAGCUGCUGUCGAGGAAGAAGAAAUGGUCAUGCCACCGUCGCCCUCCAGGCGAUUCUAUCCUCCAGACAGGUCACCGUUACAUUAUGAUGACCUGGAUUCUCUAUCUCCAGAUUCCAUGGGGAGGCAUUCUCCUGGCAUGAUGAGGCCUCCUAGGCACACUGCCUCCCCCUCCCCUCCUCCAUACGGAAUUCCUCGUGGAAUUAGAGGAAUGUCAAGGUCACCAUCUCCUCCUUACCAUUCCCACAGACACUCGCAGUCAAUGUCACCUCCACUUUAUGCAGGGAGAUCCAUCAAGUAUUCUCGAUCUCCUUCUCCGCCUCCUUAUAUUGGGAGGUCCAUGAGGCCUUCAAGAUCUCCAUCACCACCAUAUGGUGGUCGACCUAUGAGGCACUCGCAGUCCCCCUCCCUGUCUCCUCCUCCCUAUAUGGGAAGAAGACCAAGGUCACCUUCUCCUCCUUAUUCAAGAAGACCUCCAUCACCAUAUGAUGAAUCUCUCCCAUCUCCUCCAAUGCGAGGGACAAGAGGUCACAGACCCCCAUCUCCUCCAUCUCCAUCAUAUAGGUCAUCUCCAGAGGGAAGAAUACAUACUAGAAGUCAAAGGUCACAAUCUCCUUCUUAUUUAUCAUCACACAGGGGAAGACCCUCUACACCUUUAGAUGAGGAAGCCCCAUCACCCCCUGAAUACUCACCCCCUCCAUUAUCCCCCACAGGUUCAGGCUACAGAUCACCAUCACCACUCUCUCUGCCUAGAUCUCCCUCUCCCCCACACCGCCCAGUGACUAGAGGUUACCACUCCCCCUCAAAUCUACCUUCCCCUCCACCCAUGCGACCUGUGACACCACCAACUCGUCCAUUGACACGUGGUCAGAGAGCCGUGUCCCCUACCUCCUUGCCUAGUCCAAUGACAAGGAGAAGUCAGAGACCACCAUCUCCACCUCAAACAGCAUUGUCCACUAGGUCAUUACGAGCCAAACACAAUGCCCCACAGAGGUAUUCCCCUCCCCCACUGCAGAGGAUGCGGCCAAGGCCCCAGUCCCCACCGCCAGCAAAAAAAGGGAAACGAUGAUUCAUCAUUGUAUUCAUAGAGAAGACUUAAUUUCAGCUUUUAGUGAUAAAUUAUUGUAAUACAAUAAUUAAAUAUUAAAACCAUGUGAAUGAAUUAGAAAUACAUGUAAAUUGCUGUAAAUAUCUUGCUGAAUAAACUGAUACAGAAAA